GUCAUAAUGCAGCCACAUGGAGAGGCGUGGCCACUGUCAAAAUAGCGUUGGAGUGACGGAUACAGCGGAGAGCUGGUCAGAAUGUGUGUGUUCCCCAUGUUUCUUGUUUGUCUCCUGCCUCUGAUGGUCCAUUCCACCCCCGACUUCUUCGAGUGUGACUAUCAAACUCUCAUUGGAGAUGAUGCAAAUUUAUGCAGUAAUGACCUCCAUGUUAUAUAUCAUGAUGUUGGUGAUGUCUCCUGCAAAUAUGUUCCUAACUGCUAUGAUUAUCUGCAGAGCUUGAGUAAAGUCUGGGGGCCUCCAUUGAUCAAAUACAACAAUGCCCAACUGGGGGCUAAGUAUACAUUAAUAAUGGUGGACCCAGAUGCCCCAAGCCGCUCUGACCCAAAAUACAAAUUCUGGAGGCACUGGCUGGUCACUGAUAUACCGGGUGGAGAGCUCUUGCAUGGACGUACUAUCACCGGAAAGACUUUAUCAGCUUACCGUCGUCCCUCACCCCCUCCAUCAACUGGAUACCACAGAUAUCAGGUGCUGCUUUAUAUGCAGACCCCAGGAUCGUCUCCUAUUCCUCUCUCUGAUGAACAAUCUGUAGGCUCCUGGAACAUGGAUGCUUUUCUGGAACAAUCCAACCUAGGUGUCCCUGUAGUAACUACUCAGUUCAUGGCGAGAAAUAUUAAGCAGUAAGAGCUGGUAUGUUGGAGAGGCAACUAUCAUAGAGCUCUCAUAUCUUCUACUACUCUGUAUCUAUGUUGUCAAUGAGGAGCUAUGCUUGCAAAUUGGAACAAUGUGAAAAAUGAUUUGCUUCAGUCCCUGCGGACUGUAAUGUGCAGUAAAAACACUUCUUAGUUUCUAAAUAUUAUUUAAAUGCUGAAAAUGCGACACGCUAUAUAUGUACCUUGGAUGCUAAUGGUUUAAUAAAAAGUGCUUUUCUGUGCAA